AUGAAAAGGAAUAACUCUGCCUGGUCUGCAAUACAGUCAUCUCUGGUAUUGGCAUGCUUCAUUUGGCAUUGCUGUGUUCCGAAUGAACCAACCGCAGGAUACUAUCUAAACAACUGCACUGCUUAUCCAUCUCAAAAUGACACCAAUGGAACCAACGUGCUGUGUAGGAAGCAGAUGUUUUACACCGUUCCCUCAGAUAUACCGCCUGAUGUGGAGGUUUUGGACAUAUCCUUCAAUUCCAUCUCACAACUCAAGGUGGGGAAUUUCAAACUCCUCACAAAUCUUAAGUAUUUAUAUGUAUCUAACAAUUGGAUCUGGCAUGUGGAAAACGGCACCUUCAGAGACUUGUUCACUUUGCAUGAGCUGAAUCUUGCUCAGAACCGCCUAACUACCAUCUCAAAUGAUAUUUUUCAGGGCCUUGUCAACCUCAAAAUAUUCCGACUAGAUGGUAACUUCAUCAGUAAAAUUGAUCCAUCGGUCUUUUCUUUACUUUCCAAUAUAAACACAGUCAACUUGACUAACAAUAGCCUUCAGCAUAUGGAGCAGGUUCAACCAAUCAUAACACUGCCUGCAUUGCAGAAUCUGUACAUUGGAAAGAACAACUUUUCUCAUUUUAAAUCCCAAGACAUAUCAAAUAUGUCCCUGGGAAUAAAACUGUUGGAUUUAUCCUGGAAUCCACUGGAAGUAUUUCAGAUCACAGCAGAUAUUUUCCCUCAUCUUGAGACUUUAGACAUCUCCUACGUCCGUGCCAAUGGAUAUCUGAAGUGGAAUGUGAAGGACCGGUCGUUUUUACGUAAUGUGAACAGACUCAACCUCAGUGGCAUCCACAUCUCUGAGGAAGAAAUAGCCAAAGUGUUUUACAGUGUGAAUGGCUCUUUGAUCCACCUGAGGAUGUAUCAAAUGAAGUUAAACAUCAAACCUCUGUUGAAGAAAGCUUGCCAGAUCCCCACUUUAAGCGUCAUUCAUCUCAAAACAAACACCAUCACUGCUCUUGAUAACCAGUUAUUCUUGCCCUGUUCAUUUUUGAACGAAUUGGAUAUGACGGCUAACAAGAUCAAUCGUGUGUGGGGGCUUGCAUUCAAACCUCUUGAGCGCUUAACAAACCUGCGCAUUGGUCACAACCGCAUCGAGAAAGUCCCAAGCGCUAUUAGACAUCUCCCUGCCCUCGAGACGCUGGAUCUCAGCUUCAAUAGAAUUGCUCGUAUUAACUGCUCUGACUUUGCCCAUCUGAGACAGCUGAGAUAUCUCUACCUGUUUCACAAUCACAUAUCGGGUCUCAGCCCCUGUGUGUUCAAAGACAUGCCAAAUCUUCAGACACUGAAGUUGGGGACCAACAAUAUAUUGAGCACCAGAGGUGCUUUUAGUGACCUGCAGAAUCUAGAAUAUUUGCAGUUGCGAAAUAAUAAACUGAGUAUUAUCAAACCAAAUGAUUUUAAAGCCUUAAGGUCCCUCAAAUACUUGGAUCUUAUUGACAAUCAAAUUACUGCAAUAGAAGCUUUCCCAGAACUACCCAAUCUGAAACGGUUAUAUCUGAACGCAAACAAGAUCACCCAGGUUACAAUUAGUUCAAAAGAUCUCUUUUCAGGGUUGUCCAACUUAGAAAUACUGGAUUUAUCCGCAAAUAUGAUAUCAUAUGACACACAAUUUGAAUUAGAACACCCCCCUUUUGCUCUGCUAAAGUCUUUGGAAUAUCUGGCGAUCAACAGCCAAGGUCAUAAGGGGUUAUGCAAUCUGCCACCCAACCUUCUGAAGGGUUUGACCUCUUUGCGUAAGCUCAAUGCUGGAAAUUUAAACAUUGAAUCUCUGCACCCAGAUACUUUCAGUCACACACCACACCUGUUACACCUGGACAUCAGCAAGAAUACGUUUACCACUCUCACCUCUCAAGUGUUCUGGAACAUUCCAGAUCUCACCAUGCUGAUCAUAAAUAAAGUCCGCUUACAAUCCCUAGACUUCCUGAUCCAGGCCAACCUCUCCAGGCUCCAGGCCCUGGCGGUGAAGCAAAACCAGCUGGCUGUCAUCAACGAGACACUGAUCCGCUCCCUCCCUGCCCUCACUUGCCUCAGCAUGGCGAACAACACCUUCACCUGUGACUGCCAAAAUGCCUGGUUCAUCCGCUGGGCACGCGAUGACAAUCACACCCAGGUCAUCGGUGCCAGUGGCUUCACCUGCAAUUACCCCGCUGACUUGAGUGGAGCCAAGCUGUUAGAUCUGGACACAGGAUUGUGCUAUGUGGAUAUAGGGUUCUUCUGCUUUGUCUCCACCACCAUUCUGGUUGUGUUGACCCUGCUGGGCUCAAUGUGCUACCACUUCUUUCGCUGGCAGAUGAUCUACACCUACUACCUCUUCCAAGCCUUCCUCUAUGACCGCAGAAAUAAAAAAACGCAGGAAUUUGAGUACGACGCCUUUAUCUCCUACAAUACUCGGGAUGAGCCGUGGGUUCUGGAGGAACUCCUGCCCGAGCUGGAGGACAGGCAGGGCUGGAGACUCUGCCUGCACCAUCGGGACUUUGAGCCGGGGAAGCCUAUCCUGGAAAACAUAGUGGAGAGCAUCUACAGAAGCCGCAAGACCAUCUGCCUGAUCAGCCGCCACUACCUGGAGAGCGAGUGGUGCUCCAGGGAGAUCCAGGUAGCCAGCUUUCGGCUCUUUGAUGAGAGCCAGGACGUCCUGGUCCUGGUGUUCCUGGAGGACAUUCCACCUAGCCAGCUCUCCCCCUACCACAGGAUGAGGAAGCUGGUGAAGAAGCGUACCUAUCUGACCUGGCCAAAACCAGGAGACCACACCACGGUCUUCUGGCAGAAACUCAGAGUUGCCCUGGAGACCACGGAAGGACCUGACCAGGAAAACCCAAUUCUAUCUGGACUGGAGAAGCAGAUGUUUUACACCGUUCCCUCAGAUAUACCGGUUUUGGACAUAUCCUUCAAUUCCAUCUCACAACUCAAGGUGGGGAAUUUCAAACUCCUCACAAAUCUUAAGUAUUUAUAUGUAUCUAACAAUUGGAUCUGGCAUGUGGAAAACGGCACCUUCAGAGACUUGUUCACUUUGCAUGAGCUGAAUCUUGCUCAGAACCGCCUAACUACCAUCUCAAAUGAUAUUUUUCAGGGCCUUGUCAACCUCAGAAUAUUCCGACUAGAUGGUAACUUCAUCAGUAAAAUUGAUCCAUCGGUCUUUUCUUUACUUUCCAAUAUAAACACAGUCAACUUGACUAACAAUAGCCUUCAGCAUAUGGAGCAGGUUCAACCAAUCAUAACACUGCCUGCAUUGCAGAAUCUGUACAUUGGAAAGAACAACUUUUCUCAUUUUAAAUCCCAAGACAUAUCAAAUAUGUCCCUGGGAAUAAAACUGUUGGAUUUAUCCUGGAAUCCACUGGAAGUAUUUCAGAUCACAGCAGAUAUUUUCCCUCAUCUUGAGACUUUAGACAUCUCCUACGUCCGUGCCAAUGGAUAUCUGAAGUGGAAUGUGAAGGACCGGUCGUUUUUACGUAAUGUGAACAGACUCAACCUCAGUGGCAUCCACAUCUCUGAGGAAGAAAUAGCCAAAGUGUUUUACAGUGUGAAUGGCUCUUUGAUCCACCUGAGGAUGUAUCAAAUGAAGUUAAACAUCAAACCUCUCUUGAAGAAAGCUUGCCAGAUCCCCACUUUAAGCGUCAUUCGUCUCAAAACAAACACCAUCACUGCUCUUGAUAACCAGUUAUUCUUGCCCUGUUCAUUUUUGAACGAAUUGGAUAUGACGGCUAACAAGAUCAAUCGUGUGUGGGGGCUUGCAUUCAAACCUCUUGAGCGCUUAACAAACCUGCGCAUUGGUCACAACCGCAUCGAGAAAGUCCCAAGCGCUAUUAGACAUCUCCCUGCCCUCGAGACGCUGGAUCUCAGCUUCAAUAGAAUUGCUCGUAUUAACUGCUCUGACUUUGCCCAUCUGAGACAGCUGAGAUAUCUCUACCUGUUUCACAAUCACAUAUCGGGUCUCAGCCCCUGUGUGUUCAAAGACAUGCCAAAUCUUCAGACACUGAAGUUGGGGACCAACAAUAUAUUGAGCACCAGAGGUGCUUUUAGUGACCUGCAGAAUCUAGAAUAUUUGCAGUUGCGAAAUAAUAAACUGAGUAUUAUCAAACCAAAUGAUUUUAAAGCCUUAAGGUCCCUCAAAUACUUGGAUCUUAUUGACAAUCAAAUUACUGCAAUAGAAGCUUUCCCAGAACUACCCAAUCUGAAACGGUUAUAUCUGAACGCAAACAAGAUCACCCAGGUUACAAUUAGUUCAAAAGAUCUCUUUUCAGGGUUGUCCAACUUAGAAAUACUGGAUUUAUCCGCAAAUAUGAUAUCAUAUGACACACAAUUUGAAUUAGAACACCCCCCUUUUGCUCUGCUAAAGUCUUUGGAAUAUCUGGCGAUCAACAGCCAAGGUCAUAAGGGGUUAUGCAAUCUGCCACCCAACCUUCUGAAGGGUUUGACCUCUUUGCGUAAGCUCAAUGCUGGAAAUUUAAACAUUGAAUCUCUGCACCCAGAUACUUUCAGUCACACACCACACCUGUUACACCUGGACAUCAGCAAGAAUACGUUUACCACUCUCACCUCUCAAGUGUUCUGGAACAUUCCAGAUCUCACCAUGCUGAUCAUAAAUAAAGUCCGCUUACAAUCCCUAGACUUCCUGAUCCAGGCCAACCUCUCCAGGCUCCAGGCCCUGGCGGUGAAGCAAAACCAGCUGGCUGUCAUCAACGAGACACUGAUCCGCUCCCUCCCUGCCCUCACUUGCCUCAGCAUGGCGAACAACACCUUCACCUGUGACUGCCAAAAUGCCUGGUUCAUCCGCUGGGCACGCGAUGACAAUCACACCCAGGUCAUCGGUGCCAGUGGCUUCACCUGCAAUUACCCCGCUGACUUGAGUGGAGCCAAGCUGUUAGAUCUGGACACAGGAUUGUGCUAUGUGGAUAUAGGGUUCUUCUGCUUUGUCUCCACCACCAUUCUGGUUGUGUUGACCCUGCUGGGCUCAAUGUGCUACCACUUCUUUCGCUGGCAGAUGAUCUACACCUACUACCUCUUCCAAGCCUUCCUCUAUGACCGCAGAAAUAAAAAAACGCAGGAAUUUGAGUACGACGCCUUUAUCUCCUACAAUACUCGGGAUGAGCCGUGGGUUCUGGAGGAACUCCUGCCCGAGCUGGAGGACAGGCAGGGCUGGAGACUCUGCCUGCACCAUCGGGACUUUGAGCCGGGGAAGCCUAUCCUGGAAAACAUAGUGGAGAGCAUCUACAGAAGCCGCAAGACCAUCUGCCUGAUCAGCCGCCACUACCUGGAGAGCGAGUGGUGCUCCAGGGAGAUCCAGGUAGCCAGCUUUCGGCUCUUUGAUGAGAGCCAGGACGUCCUGGUCCUGGUGUUCCUGGAGGACAUUCCACCUAGCCAGCUCUCCCCCUACCACAGGAUGAGGAAGCUGGUGAAGAAGCGUACCUACCUGACCUGGCCAAAACCAGGAGAGAACACCACGGUCUUCUGGCAGAAACUCAGAGUUGCCCUGGAGACCACGGAAGGACCUGACCAGGAAAAUCCAAUUCUAUCUGGACUGGAGCAUUAA